GUAAAAAUUUGGGCUUAUAAAUUGGGUUGCGACAAGGGCAUCACUCAAUCUCUUGCUUCAUUCCAAAACAGAGAUUUCCUACAAAACAUAUAGAUAAAGAUUAAAAAAGAAAAGAAAAGAAAAGAGAGAGCUUUCUUUGCUUCAAGAAUAUACGAUUCCCAUCUUGUCUCAAUUUUCAGGAGUUCUGCUAAAGGAAAAGAGCUUGUUCAAGGAGUUUUUAAAUAUAAGUUCAUAGUUUCCUUGGAACUUUUUUGAAUUUAAUUUGGUGGAUGUUGAGAAAUUGAAGAUGGGGGAUCACUUUGUGUUGCUGGUGGAUCGUUUGCUCACAGAGUCCACGUUAGAAGCUGCAAUUGAGAGCAGAAACCGGUCCAUGCAAGCUACAUCCUCAGCAGUUGAUGAGAAGAAAAUCGAUAACCCUUCCAAGAAGGUGGAUUAUGGAAAUAUAUCAUCUCCCGGGAAAUUGGUGGAAUGCAGGAUAUGCCAGGAUGAAGAUGAGGAUUCAAAUAUGGAGACGCCCUGCUCUUGCUGUGGCAGCUUGAAGUAUGCCCACCGCAAGUGUGUACAGAGGUGGUGUGAUGAGAAGGGUGACACCACAUGUGAGAUAUGCCACCAGCAAUUUAACCCUGGUUAUACUGCUCCUCCACCGCUGUUUCAACUCGGGCGUGUUCCAAUGAACUUCAGGGGAAAUUGGGAGAUAUCUAGAAGGAACUUGAAUAGUAGUCCCCGCAUUAUAGCAAUGGUUUCAACUAACCCUAAUUUCCUGAAUCCUGACUAUGAUGAGUACUCAGCUACUACUACAAGAAGUUUGAUAUGUUGCCGUUCAGUUGCUUUCAUCUUUAUGGUUCUUCUGACUUUACGGCAUACGCUUCCCCUCAUAAUAAAUGGAAACAAUGAGUACUCUUUCCCACUGUCUAUUUUGCUACUUCUACGAACUGCUGGGAUUGUUCUUCCAAUCUAUGUCAUAGUGAGAGCAGUAACUUCUCUUCAGCGACGCCGACAUCCACCAGAGCCUUCCAUUUCAUCAUUAACUUCAUCAGAUGAUGAUGAAACUGAGCAUUCAACACAGCAGCCCCAGCCUCAUAUGAUUCAUGUACAGGUUUAGCCGGUGCAAAUGGAAGCGAUGGCGUCGACUUGUUUAGCCAUAUCUACCAAUCUUUAUAUAGUUCUUGUUUCAAGGAGAAUACUAGAAAUCAGUUCAAGAAAUGAAAAGAAAAAUGGAAAUUGGGAUCUUGGACAAGUGUGGAGGAAUUCUAGUCCCUUGUUUCACAUUGUUUGAAUACCUUAUACAGCCAGAAAAGUAUCCCAGUGUAUAAACCAAAAAAUAUACCAGAAAAGAAAAAGGAAAAAACAAGCCAAGCUAUUAAAGGUGAAGUACUUGUAUAUGUCUAACUGUAAAUACCAAGUUUGCAUUUAUGGCCAAUACUGUAUUGAUUAUUGAAUAGAUGCAUGUUAAUGGAGCAAGAGAA